AACAGGGAUGAUUCACGGGCUCGAGCCAGUGUGUGAUGCGACUCCACACAGAAAACUAUCUGACAAUCACUCAUCACUAUAGCUGUUCUGUGGCACACCGCCGAAAUGAGCACAAAAAUGCCACAAGACUGCACGAGUCUGACAGGCGGGUGCAGGUGAAGAGUUGACUGCGAAAGAGGAUCUAUUGCAUAAUCAGACGGAGCACAAAGAGAGGCAGCGAGGGCGCUUCAUUUUGAACUAUGGCGGCAACACACCACAUUGUUCUGACAUAAAUUUUGAUUAUGGGAAAACGUGCCUGCGACGAAUUCCUGGAUAUGUGGAUAAAAACCAUCCUGCCUCAGAACUUUGAAGUUAAAAUAGUCGCUACCAGAGGCUGCCUGCAUUUUUAGGCUACUACCUGCGCUAUCAAUUAACACUAAACUGACUCGCUUCUGUCAUUUGGUGGGGCUUUUAAACCCGAACCGGAGGCUUUCGGAGGUAGGUUACUCAACUGCAGCCGUUCAAAUGCUGGAAUGGAUUGGUGCUGCUUGUUUCGUGGUUUUAAUGGCCAUACUCUGGCCAGUGGUGAAGUGUUUUGGAGCGGAGAGUCACUCCACGCUGCUGCUUCCACGGCGCGAGGGGAAGAGAUCCGCGGAGAGAUGCGACUCGAAACUAGAGGGACGAGGUGAAUCGGACGCGCUCGCCUUGAUAUGCAAACCCUCGGCGCUGGCAAACUACCUUCUCAAACACUGCAUGAGUUUUUGCAAGUCUUUGGCGAUACCAAAAUGGAACUGGCGAACGAGUUCGUCUUUGCAGACCGUUUUCGGCGCUUUGUGGCCGUUUGACUGUCCGGUGCAUUUCAUCCGAGAUCAUUUGCAGUUGAGCGAUGAUGGACUCGUGGCGUUGGACUGGGCUGUUGUUGGUGCAGCACAUCACAAGAGGCGCAGGACGUCCAGUAAUUCCACAAGUCCAGUUCUGCUCAUCAUUCCCAACUCUUUUGGGAAAAUCACCAGGAAUUUGCUAAAGCUCUGUGAGGCAGCUCUGAGUCAUGGCUACCUCCCUGUGAUCUUCAACCGCCGGAGUCAGAACGGGACGCCGCUCUGUACGGUGAAGCUGCAGCAGUUCGGUGACCCGACUGACCUGCGGGAAGCGGUGCGCUACAUUCGGUACCGACAGCCAGCGGGCCAGAUCUACGCCGUGAGUGAGAGCACCGGUUCGGGACUCCUGCUGUCCUACUUGGGCGAAUGCGGCUCCUCCAGCUACGUGACGGCUGCGGCCUGCCUGUCUCCGGUUUUCCGCUGCCAGAGCUGGUUUGAGAGUGGCCCGACCUGGCCGUUCCACUGGGCUCUCGUGCUUUACCAAAAAAUCUGCCUCAGCAGGUAUAAAACGGUGCUCGGAGAGCUUGUCCACACGGACAGUUUGUUCUCCAGCUGCUCUUUGAAGGCGAUGGAGGAGACGCUGUUCUGUCAUGCUGGCUCGAAAGGGACGACGGAGGGAGCAGGUAGCUGGGAGGCGUACUGGGAGCGUAACGAUCCACUGAGGGACAUAGAUGAAGUGGCCAUUCCUGUGCUGUGUGUGUGCAGCCAGGACGACCCCAUCCGAGGGGAGCCUCAGGCCACGCUACCGUUAGAGCUUUUUGAGAGCAACCCGCAUUUCUUCCUGCUUUUGACUGCCCACGGAGGCCACUGUGGCUUCUCCACAUCAGACGAGGGCCCGAUCGUCUGGAGCCACCAGGCCGUGCUGGAGUUCUUUCGGGCCACCACUGAUUUCUUCGCCGCGGAGGAGCGAGCCAAGCUGGCGGCCCGGCGGAGGGGUCUGAGCGGCGCUGGCAAGACUUUCCGCCAUCGCAGUGUCAGCACAUGCAAAAGACUGCCCGUCUGCUCGCAUAACAUUCACGCCAUUUACAACUGGCAGAGGUCCUACACCAGAUAAUGAUGUGCACUUCGUAUGGGAUUACGGAGAGACUGAAAUAGCCAAGAACACUGCCAGAUAAGGAUAAAUUAGAACCCUUUGUCUGAUCUGCUGUCCGUCGCAGCCAAGAAAACCAGCAGUCGGGUCAAAAUAUCUCUGUUUACAUUUCAAGACCAUUCAGAGUUUGGGCUACCGCUGUCAACAGGCAAACAGAGGAUGCUAAAACAUUCGAUUUUAGUCAAGAAAGUUGAAGUAGAACAUUAGAAAGGUGGUGUUACGGAAUCAUAGUUUUCACAUUCAGUGGCAAGAAUAACUUUUUAAUCAGUAUUUUUGAUAGCAUCUUUGGUUUAAGAUUAAUUAGAUAUGUCAAAAUAUUUUUUAACCACGGUGGCUUACAUUUAGAAAACAAUUACGGUCAAAACAAGAAAACAACUUUUUGCUAAUUAAACUAAAUUUUGAUUUGAUAUGUUUUAAAUAAAUUUCUUAGUCAACUGGCAAUUUUCUGGUUAAAACAAGAAACAUUCAAUAUAUUCAAUUAUUAUUAUAAUUUUUUAAAUGAUACAAAUACUGAUUAAAAAUAUAUUUUUUUGCAUAAUUGAACGGAAGUAUAUACUUUAGCCUUAAGGUUUUGCUCGGAUUGGUCCAAACGUUUCAAAACAUCAUUCCAAAAUCUAGAUGAAACUAUUAGUGGCUACAUAGUGGCCUUUCGUUUUGGACGUCUGUAAUAUUUUUGCUCUGUCUGCAUUAGUACAUUCUCUGCACAUGAUAAUGAAAAGUGACGUUCUGUAAUUUUCUCUGUAUAAUACUGUUUAUUUCGACUUGUCUCCGCUGUAAGAGAAGGAGCCUGUGGAGUCAGUCAGCACUGCUGGGGUUUCAGGGAAAGCUGGUCUCCCGUUGACAUGGGUGGAGCUCCAACACUGAUUUAUUUUUCCCUCUGUUUUUCUUCCCUGCCUUUCCUAUCGCCAUUUCAAACAUUUUUGUAAUGUCUAUCUAGUGUCAUAGCCCAUUGUUUGUAUGUUAUAUUAUCUGUGAACACGGGAGCUUUAAUUAAAGGUUUCGGCUGAA